GUGGCGCCCAACUACCUUGGAUAUGCGCUCACCCAGCCGUGACGUUUGACAACAAAUUUGCGGCGUGAAUUAUUCAUUCCAUUUCUGGACGCUGCAGAAGUGGGCUGGUCGUCUUUCACAUUCUUCCAGGUCCACCAAAACAUUUAAGCAUCUAAGACACCACAUAUCAUAUCUGUGAUACAAAGCAAUCUCCAUAGAGUGCUAGGUCGUUUCUUCCAUAUACACCAAGCGCUUAAAAUUCAUCUCAUGCGUAUGUAGCAGCACACUUAAACCAGCCAGUGUCCACAUUGACCUACUUAAAUAGUGCGGCAUGGAGCGGCGAAAGUCCGAUAGAAAAAAGCGAGAUGAAGCAACGCAAGAACCAUCACAUCAACCGGAAACCAGGGUAGUGGAAAAAGAUCAAGUCGAUCAGGUUGUUCAGCGAGUCGAAGAGCUGAAUUGCUUCUUCGAUUUGCGGACGAAGCGCGGUCAGAUUCUAUUCUUCACGGUGACCAUAUUGGCCGCAACUCUGACUCAAUGUCUUCCAAAGGAUGCUCUUUCGAGUAUUUUUCAGGUGAAGGAAUCUCAGACUCGCCACCAUGAACCGAACGUGCAGUGUAAACCCGAGGUUAGAAUAGUUGAAAAGGUGAUACCGGGAGGGGAUGGGAGUCGGCCAAAAUAUUGGAUUUAUGGUCGCAAUCCCAGUGGUGAUCAUUUGAUACACGUGAAGAAUGUUCUCCAGCGAUUUGGAGUGGAGCAGGUGGGGAAUGAUACGGAAGACUGGGAUCUACUUUGGGCCCAUGAUUAUCCUUUCAGGAAAGUUAACUUACAUCAUUUAAAACCACAUCAAUUGGUCAACCACUUCCCAGGAUCAGGGUACAUUACGAAUAAGGUUGAUUUAUCAACAACGGAGAUGAGUUACAUCCCAAAGGCAUUCAAACUACCAAGCGAAGAGGAGAAGUUUAGGAAGUAUGCUCAAGAAAACCCGAACAAGCGAUUCGUCCAGAAGAACAACCAACAUCGACAUAUCCAAAUCAAGAAGAUCGAAGAAAUCGACUUCGAGAGCAACGAUACUUUUAUUCAAGAAUUUAUCGACGAUCCUCUCCUGGUAGAUGGCUACAAAUUCGACAUUGGGGUGUACACGGUUAUUACUUCGAUUGAUCCGCUUCGGGUCUACAUCUACAAAGGUGACAUCCUGUUCCGAUAUUGUCCUGUCGAGUACUAUCCGUUCGAUCCGAUGAACUUGGACAAGUACAUAGUGGGCGACGAUUAUCUACCAACUUGGGAGGUCCCAGCGUUGAAGCCUUACUAUACGAAACAAGGCUUCGGAAUGAAGGAAUCGUUUGAUGCUUAUAUACGAAGCACUGGACGUGAUCCUUCAACAAUCUGGGAACAAGUCGAGGACGCCAUCAGAUUAGCAAUACUCAAAAAAGAAUCUCUUAUUGCCGGAGUCCUACCACGGUACGCCAGCAAGCGAAACUUCUUCGAAAUGAUGCGCUUCGACUUGGUAGUGGACAACAACCUCCGCGUAUUUCUCAUGGAAGCCAACAUGAGUCCGAAUCUCUCGUCAGCUCACUUUAAGCCGAACCGCCUACUGUAUGAACAGGUGAUCUACAACUUCCUCAGAAUGAUCGGAGUAGGAUCGGAUCUUCGCCGGGAAUCUUUCCGAAAGCAUUCAACCGACACCGAAGCAAUGAUUUCCUCUCUGAAAAACAUCGUAGUCGAGCCAAACCGUUGUACGGAAGCUCCUUGCCUGGAAUCGUGCGCUCCCGAGGAAUGUGCACUCUGCGUAAGUUGUCUCAGCGGAGGAGAUCUACGUGAAUUGCACGCGGCGUACAGGGAACACCUGAAUCGAGGGGACAUGAAGCGAAUUUUUCCAGUGCCAAAAGCGGACCAGCGGAUAUUCGGGCAGCACUCGGAGGAUCUGAGUGCCAAAAACCGAUGGAUGAGCCAUUGGUUCGAUGCCAAGUGCGAGGCGGAUCGGUCGUAUUGCUUUUAAAAGAAGACAUUCCAGUUUAGAAUUUUAGGAAAUUUCCAGUGCAAACUCGUACUUACACUAGGAUAAGAUGUUUUAAUCUAGGUUUUAACUUAACUUAUUGGAUGACAUGGUGACAAAUUGUUGAAUAUUGAUAGCAACGAACGAAAAUAAACAUAUCAUGUGAACUAG